UCCGACAGCUUUCUACCAAAAUGAAGCUGAUCAGCUACACGACGGGCGAGUACAUUGCACGCAGCGGAGACAUCGGCACCGACAUGUUCAUCAUCCUCAACGGGAGAGCUCAGCUGGAAAGAAAUGGAACCAAGAUGAACAUGUUAGGCCACGGGAAGAGCUUUGGCGUUAUCUUUCUAGUUGAACGAAAAAUGCUGAAGGAGUCGGUGAUCACCCGGAGCUACGUCGACAUCCUGUCACUGUCCAGGGAGGACUUCGAGAAGGUGUCAUCACUCUUCCUGCAAGACAAGAAGAAAAUCAUCAAGAGCGUGUCGGGGAUGUUGAUCAGUGGGAAAGAACAGGACCUGAUGUAGGGAUGGAGAAGAAGAAACUGGCGUGGAGACAGACUGAGCGAGGGGUUAGGACCCAGCGCAUGACAAACCAACUCAGGGUCCCCGAGUGACACCUCAGCACGACUAAAGCCGGCACAAAAACUCAACAGCAGCGAAUCGAGUUUCCAUGUUUGAGUUGUUUUUGUUGUUUUCUCUCUGAAGUCCCCGUCAGUCAAAUCGUUUAUUCCAAUUCGGGGAGAAAGCCAGAUGGGCUCAGAGGUCAUCACGACUGGUUUGGAUUUUUGCUUUAUGUUUGGAGGAGUGAAAUCUUUUGCUGUGGUUUUAAUGGUCACUCAGUUGGAUUGUGAAGUACGGAGUGGAAGCUGCCGUUUUUUUCUUUGCAAACUCCAAAGACCUGCAGGAUGUUCUGACGGGUGGGAGACGACACCACAAUCAAGUGGCCGACCAACAUCAAGUAAAGCCUUUGUCCUCUGUGGGAAAUGUGGGCCGUGGAAGGAGCAGGACGAGGUCAGGACACAAUCGUCACACAUUGGGAUUUGGACCUUCUCUUUUUCUUUUUUAAUAUC